CACGGCAAACAAAAUUAGUAUUUUUUUUUAUUGCAAAUAAACACUUGACUGAUAUCACAAUUGAAUACUGGAAAGUGGUUAAUUGCAUUUCUAGUUCGUUGUAGAAAUACAAUUGAUAGAAAAGUAGUUUUACUUCGCAUAAAAUGAAAGCAACUUGUUUCUGUGUUCUUCUGUUGACAGCUGUCACUUUAGCCGAUCUUCAAUGUGAUCUAGAAGAUAUUAUAAAUCAAUUUCCUCAGGAUCCAAAAAUAUCAACAACUCUUAUCAAUGAUGUCACUUUGGAAGAAUCUUUCAUAUCCAACGAUACAUUUGAUCAAUUUUUCGACGUUCCAGAUGUGACAGAUUUAAUAGAAUUUUUUGAACGCAGAGGAAUCGAUGUAAGAGAAAUUAUUCCAUAUCUUGUAAACACUUCGAAUGAAUAUCAACUUUCGGAUGAUACUUUGACAUCUGAUGAUAUUAUUACGAGUAUCAAGAGGUCAUUAUCAUCAACAAAAGUUGCAGAAAUAAUUAAGGAAAAACUUGAAACUAGCCCAGACUUUGAAGAUCUAGUUGGAGCUUUGAGAGAUCCUGAAUUCGAGAUACUUUUUGACAGAGCUUUGAACUCAAAAUCAUCUUUGAGCUGUAUGGACUGUUUUGACGAAGAAGGAGAAAGAGAUUAUUUUAAAACAGUUUGGAAGAAGAUUUUGGCAAGUGGAAUUAAUGUUAGUGUUUUUAAAUAAUUUUUGUAUUAACAUUAUUCAUUUGCUUAAAAUAAGUGUUUAAAAAAUAAAACAGUUUAAAUAAAUAAAA